CCAGGCUCGGUUGAGUCGUCGGGUUGAGGAGGAGUGCGGUUGGAGUGUGUGAGAGAGGGUCGCGGCCGCGAUGAUCUGACAGAUGAAAUAACGGAGGAAGAAAAAAAAAAAAAGGAAGUGAAGGCGGUCGUCCUCCCGAACAAAACAAUGUUCCCCAAAGGCAAAGGCACCCCGGUGCCGUCGGACGGCCAAGCGCGAGAAAAGUUGGCUUUGUACGUCUACGAGUAUUUGUUGCACAUAGGAGCACAGAAGUCUGCACAGACCUUUUUAUCAGAGAUCCGAUGGGAGAAGAACAUAACGCUCGGAGAACCCCCUGGAUUCCUACAUUCUUGGUGGUGUGUAUUCUGGGACUUGUAUUGUGCUGCACCAGAGAGGAGAGAGACAUGUGACCACUCCAGCGAAGCAAAAGCCUUCCAUGAUUACAGUGCAGCAGCAGCCCCCAGUCCUGUGAUGGGAGGGAUGCCCCCUGGUGAUGGCAUGCCGGGAGGACCCAUGCCACCCGGCUUUUUCCAGGGUCCUGCUGGUCCCCAGGGCUCUCCUCACCCCCAGCCCCCUCCCCCUAACAGUAUGAUGGGACCUCACAGCCAGUCUUUCAUGUCUCCUCGCUUUGCUGGAGGCCCAAGAGGUCCCCCAAUCAGGAUGUCCAACCAGCCACCAGGCGGAGGACCAGGUUCUCAUCCAAUGCUGCCCAACAUGGACCCAACGCGGCCACAAGGCCAUCCUAACUUGGGGCCAAUGCAGAGAAUGAGUGGCCCUCGGGGUAUGGGACCUAUGGGGCCCGGCCCUCAGAACUUUGGUGGCGGAAUGAGGCCUCCACAUAACUCCAUGGGCCCUGGUAUGCCUGGAGUGAACAUGGGCCCCGGGACUGGUCGGCCAUGGCCCAAUCCCAACAAUGCCAACUCUAUGCCUUACUCAUCACCCUCUCCUGGUGCAUACGGGGGUGCAUCUGGAGGUGGGGGGCCCCCAGGAACUCCCAUCAUGCCCAGCCCUGCAGACUCAAACAACUCUGGUGACAAUUUGUACACCAUGAUCAACACUGGACCCGGUAACCGAAACAACUUCCCCAUGGGCCCCGGCUCAGACGGACCCCUGGGAGCCAUGGCUGGGAUGGAACCGCACCACAUGAACGGGUCACUAGGCUCUAGUGAUCUGGAUGGAAUGAACAAGAAUUCCCCAAACAAUUUAAGUGGCAUUAGCAAUCCCCCUGGGACCCCGAGGGACGACGGCGAGCUGAGUGGAAACUUCCUCCACUCUUUUCAGAGCGAGAAUUACUCUCCGACCAUGACCAUGAGCGUGUGACCUCCCUGACCGCCCCUCCCCGCGCCCCCUCCCCCUCCCCCCACCCGACAUCAUUUGCCAUCAUUCCAAGGAUCUGAGCUCCCAAUAGGACACGGCCAAACACAUCAGCAUCGAAUCAGGGACGGGCGCCAUUUUGGUUCCAUGCUAAACGGCAGAAUGCUGAUCGGAGGAGAAUCCAAAAGGCUGGCGACUGCUGCUCCCUGCUCAAAAUGAAGGCCCAUUUCUCCAUUCAUCACAACCCAGAGUGUGACAACCAGCUACUGAAAUGCAUACAUGACACGUUUUAUGUUCUCUGCAGAGCCCCCAUAAUCCUCUUGGCCCCCUCAACCCAAGAGCAAAGAGAGAGAGAGGGAGAGAGAGGGAGGGAGGGGGGAAGAAAAUGGUUGAAGUUUACCUCUUAUACUUUUUAAUUAUUGCUUUGUGGUGCAAGAUGUGCAGGUAAUUUCUCCGCUUUUUGUCACUUAAAACACUGGAGAGUGUGCGUAUGCAUCGUGGGCUCAGAAACGUCAUUGUCUUGUCUUUUUACUUAUCGCCAUGCGUACUGUGUCACACUUUGACAUAGGACUCAGAAUUUGCCUUUUUACUCUGUGGCCACCUUUUCUGAAUAACGUACUCUCGUACCCAAUGCCCGCCCUUCUAUUUAAAGACGUUUCUAUGGGGGACAGGGGGGGGGGGGGGUUAGAAAGACUUAAAAGUUUACGGCUGUUAUUGUGACGACCUUUUCACGGUAUGCAAGUGCUCAGAUGGCUUUUACAAUGUCACAAUUUGAUCCCGUUCCUUAAACCCCAGUCCCCACCUCAUUGGGGCCGUCGUUGUCGUCGGCAACGCGGUCCCGCGCCCUGUCGAAAAGGGGAACCCGUCAUUGGCGUAAGAAGUGAGUGCAUGAAUGCUGAGAGUCUGUGUACAACAUACUACCUAGUGCUGCUCUUCUCUAUGUGGACACCUGCUUUUACGAUGUGGCGUAUAUCUCCCUCUACCUGUGCUCUCCAUCGUCGCGGCCUUAGCUCCGGUUUGGCUGAUUUAUGAUGAAAUGUCUGUGAAUGAGCGGCCCAUUUAAACCCCUACGUAGGUAUUGGUUGUUGGCCUCCUGUAUCAUUGGUAGUCCUCUUGCCCCGCCCCUUCUUGCCCGCUCACACAUUUUUUUUGUUUUUUUAUAUUUUGAUACAAUCUUUGACUACAUAUAUUGCUCCAGUUAUUCAGUUAGUCAAAGCUUUCUAAAUGAUUCUAGUAGGCGUCAUUAUAAACUUAGCAGUCUUGUAAAUGUGAUGAAUUUUUUUUUGUGAACAUUACGCAUUCUAUACAUCUGUCCUAUGUUGCCUUUAUUUGCUGAUAUUUUUUUAUUUCAAAUUGAGGAAAGAUUGCUUGUUAAUAUAAUUUUACAAUAACUUAA